AGCAUGAACAAUGGACAUGUAAAAGAAGAACAUGUAAAAGAAGAAGGAGAAGACCAAACAAUGAUCGGAAUCCCGACCCAGCCCCAGACCCCCUCAGGCUCCCCACUCCCUGAACCCCAGCCCUACACACCCAUUGGGUCACCUGUUCCCGUUCCGCCACCCUCUAUGGAACAGAUCCUUGCAUCCAUGGAGAAAGUGGAUAAGGACAUCGUGGACAUGGACAGAGUUAUCAAGAAAGUGAACACGGAAUUAGCGAAACAAGAGAACAUUGGUAUUCCUGGUGUUGAGGUUAUCCCUGUUAAUCCUAGAAAGACUGAGGUUACUGAAAAUGUGAACCUCAUUAACAGGAUAUAUGAAGAAAACAAGGCUAGAGCCCAACAGACGAGCAUGUCAAUGUUACAUUUGGGGUGUCCUCUCCUCGAGCCUAGACUUCCUGGUUUGGCGCUGUAUAAACAACCGGGUGACCUGCCUCAGUAUCAUGAUAUUGUGAAAAGUUGGAAGGAGGGCACCUUCAAGAAGGUAUUGGUCGAGUAUCUAUGGAAAAAGAAGCAAGACACUGAUAAUAAGGAGAAGCAGCUGGUAGAGGAGUACAAUACAAAGUACGUGGUAUGGCAGGAGAAGCUGAAGAUACUGGAGGAGAACCCAAAGAGACAGAAGGACUUGUUGCAGUGUAGGAAAUAUUUUGAGACUAUGUUCCCGACCAUAAAACGGAAACUGGAGCAGGAGGAACGUUUUAACAGAGCACGGAGUUCGGGUAACGCAGUGCGGAGUGAGGCGGAGUUAGCAGAGAUAGUGGAACAGUUAACAGAGCACCAGGAGAGUGAGGACAAGCAGCUGGAGACAGCAGCCACCACCCCCCACAUGAUGCUCAACCCUGUGGAGAAGGCUAAACGCUUUUACAACGAGAACGGGAGGGAGUUCAGUCCAGCCCAGCAACACAAGUCUCACAUCUUAACAGUGCACAAUGUGUGGACGGAGAGUGAGCGACUGACCUUCAGGGAAAAGUUUGCUCAACAUGGCAAAGUGUUCCACAAGAUCGCCGCCAAUAUUCCUACUAAAAAUGUAGCUCAAUGUGUCCACUAUUACUAUCUGUCAAAGAAGAAGGAGAACUACAAGGCUCUGCUACCAAAGAAAAAGAGGAAGGGAAUUGUACCUCCUAAAGAUGUCGCUCAAAUAAGCACCCCGUUAUCUCCCGCCACGCCGCGUAUCACGAGGUCUAAGAGGGUUGAGAACGAAACUGAGUCUGGUAAAGGAUGGAACGAGCAGGAUAUUGAGACUCUACGAGAAUUAUUGCGGAAGCUGGGCAAGAACUGGAACAAGAUUGCUAAGGAGAUUCCUACCAAGACAGCAGCGCAAGUCAAACACUACUUCCACAACCACAGGAAACGACUUGCCCUGGACGAUUGCUUCAAGAACCCCUCUCUUAUUCACAGUCAAAAGAGUCAGGAGCAGAUGAAGUCUAACUCUAAAGCAGAUUCCUCCGACGAUUCAGGAUCAAAUAUAGACGAUUUUGAUGUUGAUUCUAAUGUGAUGUCUAAUGUGAACGCUGUGAUAGAAAACGGAGUCCUGGACGGUUUCAGACCACGAAUGAAAAUGCUUAUUCCGCUAAGAUAUCGUCAACAAUUGUCAAAGAGGGGUAACGAUCUAAAGCUAGAGAGCGACCCAGCAGCGAUACAGAAAACACUGGAAGAGAUAGAAAACUCACGUGAUGCGGAAGUGCGCUCCAUAGCAACCUGCAUAGCAACGUCCCACUCUGAGUCCUGCAACACACUACCCCCACUAGAACCCCACCACGACAGUAACCUGCCCCGCCCCACCACGCCAGAUGUGAUAGCUAUGGUGAGCAGUAUCCAGGAGGAGUGUGCCCCCACCUCCCACCCUCCACCACCUCCUCUCCACAACCCUGCUGCUAACCCACCCCCACUCUUCUCACACACCCUCCCUCCACAUAUGCCUCAGAUUCACAGGGGUAGUGAUGUGGGGCAGGCUGCUCCCCCCUCAAUGAAGCGCUGGAACAAGUUCGAAACAGAAGACAAUAAGACCCCAGCCCCAGACAUCCAGACCCCUGGUCCACCACCCUCCACCACCAGCUCCGCCUACAAGAACCUGCCCCGACUCACUGCUAAGUCUCAUGCUGGGGAGGAAACAGCAGAGGAGACGACCGCUCAGCAAGAUGGAGGUCCCACAAAGCGGAAGUACGUGUUAAGAACAGGGCCUGGACGUAAAACUAAAGACAAGUUUGUGAAGAUUGAGGAGGGAGAGAAGAUAACCUCCUCUGAUGACGACCAAGGAGAGAAAGCUCUCAAAACCAUGAUGUUGAACAGGUCUCAGAAAGAAGGAUACACGAUCCUCACUCCAGUAGAAACUAAAGAUAACAUGGGGAACCCUAUAAAGAUAGCUGGGUGGAUUGGGGAGUCGCACAUGAGGGGAGGCGACCACAACACCACCGAAACUUUCGAAGUGGUGAAAGACAAAGUGAUAACCCCCAAGAAGAAAGGAACAGAGAAGGGCUCAGUGGACAAGAAGUCGUCCGUAUUUAAAGUAUACGACUUCGACUCGUCAGAGGACGAGCCGGUGACGAGUAAGACAACGGAGAAGAAGAGGGUGGUAGGCAGAGUACCCAACCAGACUACUAGUAACGAUCCUAUAGCUGCUCACUUCUCCAACAAGAUAGCUAACAAACAGUCUCGCACUAUAUCUAUUGGAGGUGGAAGUGAAACGGAUGACGCAGACGAAACAGAGGAAGCCAGGAAAAAAGUGAGCAGACCCUCAUCAUCUUCUUCUAGCUGUGACCUACCGCUCUGUUACGACAUGUCAGAUGAGACCAACAUCACCCAACCCAACAUGACGGGAGAAGGAGAUACUAAGAGUUCUGUAAUUAACAGACACGAGGACAAACAGCCCUCUAUCAGGAAAACUAUUCUCAAAUCUCAGCAAGACUUAUCAGUUAAACAACAGCAACAGCAGCAAGCACACGCCGUCAUGAAGAAAGAGAACGGUCCGAUAGUGACAAUCUCACCCGCACCACCUGCAUCUUCAGGGGUUGUUCUGGGGUCUUUACCAGGGACAGUGUCUGGGGCCAUGUCAGGAGCAGUGGCAGGAGCUGUGUCAGCUACAGGAAAUGUCAUGACAGAGGAGAUGGCGAGUCUGCUGGCUAGCAACCCUCACCUCGCUCAGGCUCUCUCUUCAAUGAGCCUCCCAGUCAGCCAUACCUCGAAGCAGGAUACACUGAGGUACCUACAGACCAGUAUGGGACAACAUGCUGCUCAGCAACAUGCAGCUCAACAACAAGCUGCUCAGAGAAAUGUUAUGAGACUCAAACCCUCAGUUAGUCCUGGCAACUCCGGCGACCAUAUCAUAAGGAGGAGCCCUAACUCAGUUAUACAGACAGAUGCAGGAUACUUGAAGAGUAAGAACAAGGAGACUAUAGCCAGGUCAGCAGCAGGACAACAGUAUGUUCAGAUGAUGUCUGGUUAUCCGGAGUCCUCCAGGCAGCAACAUCAAACCAUCAGGUCGAUGCCGACUGCGAGAGUUCUGCACCCUGAGAAGCGACCUAUAUCUGGGUCAGGUUUGCCUGGAUCAGGCGGUUCAGCUUUCUCCCAGUUUAAAUCAGCUAUAAUACCACGGACUGAAGAUCUGUCCACCAUCAUGGACCAACAGCGGAGAUCUAGAGAACAGAGAACCUUGGUUAACCAUCUAACAGAACAACAGAAACACAGGACCACAUCACCUGAACAGCGCAGAUACACUGUUGACAGGCAGAGGUUACAAGAACAGAGCAGAACACUAGCAGAGCAGCAGCGGAACAGAACACUAGCUGAACAGCAGAGUAGAACUAUCGCAGAACAACAGAGUAGAACUAUCGCAGAACAACAGAGGAGUAUAGCUGAGGCACAGCAGAGGUCCUUGAUCGAACAGAGAGGAGCUGCUGGUCUGACUGAGGCACAGCAGAGAUCCCUGAUCGAACAGAGAGGAGCUGCUGGUCUGUCUGAGGCACAGCAGAGGUCCCUGAUCGAACAGAGAGGAGCUGCUGGUCUGUCUGAGGCACAGCAGAGGUCCCUGAUCGAACAGAGAGGAGCUGCUGGUCUGUCUGAGGCACAACUGAGGGGGUUAUCAGUGUCGGGAAUGACUGACAUGCAGGCGUUAGAGCAUGUAGCGAGGUCUAUAGCGGAAUCCCAACAACAAGCUGUGGCGAGGUCUCUAGCAGAGUCACAGCAGGCAGACGCUGCCAGACAACAGAGGCUGUUACAUCAGGAGUUAGCAGCAGCUUUGGCAGCUCAUACUCAAUCCCCCAACCAGCUUCAACAGAUGAUGCAACAGCAGCAACAGCAACAACAGCAACAGCAGCAACAGCAGCAGCAACAGCAGCAACAACAGCAGCAACAGCAACAGAUGAGGGCACUGACAGAUCAGAUUAAUCCUGAGUUGUUGGCCAGGACUGGGUUACCUGCUUUGCUUCAACAGCUGUCCAACCAGCAACAACAUUACAAGUCAAGUGGAGCUGAUCAGAGGGAGAUAGAACGAAGGUUGGAAGCUAUAAGAAAACAACAGGGUUUUAUCGGAGGGGGUAGCAACAUGUACAUGCCGCGGUUCUACGUUCAACCUGAUAUGAUCCCAAUACCGUCCAGUAUGUACUCUCAUAAUACCGAGCCCAGUAAAGAGGGUGACAAGUGACGUCACAUACCAUGUGUUAGGACGUCACGCACCACGUGUUAGGACGUCACGCACCACGUGUUAUGACGUCACGCACCACGUGUUAGGACGUCACGCUCCAUGUGAUUUCACGUAAUGAUCUACCUGAGGACUUGUUUUAGGAAACUCUUGACUUAGAUUGGGUGUGCAAUGUGCAUACAUGGCAUGAUAAUAAUUUUCAAUAUUGUGGGAGUUACAUUCCGUAUCGGACUUGACCGCAUCGUUGAGGCUGAGGGACGGGAAUUGAAAUUUGAGGACGCAGUGAACCUUAAAGUUAAUGACUUAGAUUGUCAGUUUGGUGAAUGAUUGAUAUUGAUUCUUAGUAUUAUUUGUUUAGCUAUUUUUG